GUCGCCAGGGAGACCGAGCAACAGGCCCGGCCGGCCCGCGCUGCCGGGGGUUGUGUCUGCCCGGGGGCCGUGUCCGGGGGCCGUGUCUGCCAGGGGGCCGUGUCCGGGAUCCGUGUAUGCCCGGGGUCAGUGUCUGUGGUCCGUGUCCGCCCGGGGGCCGUGUCUGAGGUCCGUGUCUGCCCGGGGGCCGUGUCUGAGGUCCGUGUCUGCUCGGGGUCCGUGUCUGACCGGGAGCUCACCGAAGCGGGCUGCUGGCAGCUUUAAACUUCGGAGAGUGUAAGAGCACACCCUGGCACAACUUGCAGCAGCGGUGUGGUGAGGAUUGCUGGAAAAAAAUUCAGUUUUCCUGAAUGGCAAAGCAGGUUUAUGUUAAGACAUGGUGACUGACUUUGAUGAAAAACAUGACGAAUAUUUAAUAUCCCUUCAGCAAAGAAACCGGCUGCAGGAGCGGUUGAAAAGAAAAGAUCCCGUGCAAAUCAGACUGGAGGAGCUGGAAAAAGGAUUUUCUCUGUAUGUGAAUGGAGCUAACUCCGAGCUGAGAAAGUACCCCAGGAAAAACAUCCCCCACAGCUGCCUGAGGAGCAGGCUCAGACCCACCAGGACAAAGGAAGCGGCCCAGCUAGAAGAGAGUGGGCUGCCAGAACACAGCCCUCAGACUGUCCCAGGCAAGAUACAACGCAGGAAUUGGCUUCAGAAAACUGUGGCAAUUAAAACAGAAGGAGGGGGUAAACUCUACAUUGAACCAUCUCUGCAGUACUCUGAAGAUUUUGAAAGCUUGAGUGUGGAGAGCAGCAGUGAUGCUGAUGAUGAUGAUGGUCCUCUCUCCCAGCAGAAAUUGAGAAGCAGCUUGCAGCACAGUGUGGAAGAGGAGAGGAUGGAAGAAGACUCCCUCAGUGAUGAUUAUGACUCUGUUGAAGAGGAUGUGUUUUCAGACCCAUCUCCCACUGAGGAAGCAAUUACAGGCUUUGAAGGCCUUCAGCUGGACAGCAGUGGGGCACUGCAGAAGGAAGGUUCUGAACAUCAGGAUGCUGGGAGAUGCUCUAGCCUUGAUUCUGGUGCCCCAGCUGUGCUGGAGUUCAACCAGGAUCAAAGCAAAGUGAAGCCAGUGCAUGUUCUCUCAGCCAAAAGAAAGGACAGUGCUGAAGUGUACAUUCCUGUCAAACCAGUCAUGCUGAAAAAUAAAGGCACUCGGCCCCUCUCUGCUGAGUUCUUGCUCCAGGACAGACAUGAAACAAUGUAUUCUAAGCCCUUAAGUCGACCAGAAACCUCCCUUUCACUAACCAGGAAGAGUGUGUGUGAGAAGGAUCCUGACUUCUCUGUUUCAGCUGUUGUUCAAGCAGUGAAGAUGGAGAAUGAAUUCUUGCAGGGAGAUCUGCAAGGACAAGCAGUUGCCACCAACCCCCAAAAGGAGACAUUUUCUGUUUCAUCUGUUCUUUCUGCAAAGGCUGAACCUCCAGAAAAACGCCAGACCAGGAUUGCAGUCACCAGAGCAGUGGAGAGAUUCUGCCCUUUUGGAAGCAGACAGAAGAAGAGGCUCCUGAAAGCCUUUGUGGAGCGUGGGAGCCAUUCUGUCUGUGACAGUGACAGAUCCCUGGGUGGUGGCAAAGCUGGAGUAAAUUCCAUGUGGAGAGAGAAGAUGCCAGCCAGUAUGGAUGUACAUGAUGCCAUUUAUGUGACCAUGGAACUUCUUUCCAACUGGGGGAAUCCUGCAAACGUGGGCCUGAGCCAGGUGGAAUUCUUUGAUUUCCACAACCAGAGGAUCUUUGUGUCUCCUCAUGACGUGGACAUUCGAAAUGCUGACAACGCAGGGGAUUUGUGCUGCCUGGUCAAUAACAACUUAAAUCUCCCCAAGGAAAGCUGCCUUUGGAUGUGCCCUUUCCACCCACCUGUCCAACUUUACUUUGUUAUCCGCAAUCCCACCCGCUCACGUGACUUUGGUAUAUCCAAGAUCAAGAUUUGGAAUUACAACACAACAACUCCUAGUGACCUUGAUGUUGGAGCAAAGAAGGUGAAGCUGUAUGUUGAUGAGAACCUUGUAUUUGAUGGUGAAUUAGAGAGAGGCUCUGGAGAUCUCCUUGCUGACCAGAACACCACAAUUGACCUUACAGAUCACAAACAAGAUAGCUCAGCCUCUCCCUCAGCUGAGAGGAAAGAAGGAAAUGCACCUGAAGGUCCAGACAAGAAAACAGACCUACUUUUUAAAUGCUCAGAAUCAAACAGUGCUUCACUGAACUGGACAGCUCUGCCAGAAGAAAAUCUUCCUGAGCCCAAGAUGAACUCAGUCAGCUUUACAAAGAAAAAUUUGUCUCAGUUAGAGGAUGAUCUAAAAGUGCCCCCAUCUCAAGUUUGUAUAAAAGAUGCCAAAGAGGAGGAAGCAGCAGUUCCAGAGCACGUUCAGUCUGAUGAUGAGCUUUGUUUGAGUGAGCAAAUGGAAAGGUUGACAGGAAGAAAACUGACUGAUUCUGCAGGUGCAAUUCCUUCUUGGUUACAGUCAUCCUCCCAGGUGACACAGAAUAAUCAAGUCACUCCCAGUAGGCAGAAACCUCUGUGGCUUGCUACAGAACAGAAUUUCAACUCAAAAUUUCAAACACAGCCGGAUGAAAUCAUGAAAAACUUCUCAGAUCUGAUAAAUGAGGAUGUCAAAUGUCAGAGGCAUGAACUGGGAGGACACAAUAGUAGAAAUGCAACUGGAGAUGGGAGAUCACAAACGCUGACCAGGAAGGAUGCUGAUGUGGACUUGGACAUUUUUGAUUCCUUUUCUAACAAAAACUGCUGCAGUUUGCAGUACCCUGUGAGUGGAAGGAGAAGUGUCAUGUGUGGUAAAAAGAUGGGAUUAAACACUACAAAUCUUGGAGAAGAUGAUUCUGCUCUCAAAGAUGAAGACUUUCCCAUCAAGGACAUAGCAACCUCUAGAAUGAAGUGGUGCAGUGAGCAAGAACACACUCUGCAGGAGUCCUGGAACUCCUUGGUGAAAUUUAAUUAUUCCCACCGUGGUCGGAUCUCGAACAUGGAUUUUCAAGGGGAUAUUUUUGAUGAGUUCCUCCAUCAGCAGAAAAUCACCCGGCCUGCAGAAUAUCAGAGAAAAGAGGGACUACAAACACUACCAAAGAAGCAAGAGGAAGAAAAUUCUGUGGAGAUCCAGGAUGGAAGUGAUUUUAAAAUCCCAAUUUUACCUUAUGGGCAGCACUUGGUGAUAGACAUCCGAACAACGUGGGGGGACAGACAUUAUGUUGGUCUGAAUGGAAUUGAAAUUUUCAGUUCUAAAGGAGAGCCUGUUCAGAUUGCAAAAAUAACAGCUGAACCCCCUGACAUAAAUAUUUUACCAGCAUAUGGAAAUGAUCCCAGGGUGGUAAGCAACCUGAUAGAUGGGGUGAAUCGGACCCAGGAUGAUAUGCACCUCUGGCUGGCACCAUUCACCCCUGGCAAAGCUCACUUUGUCUUUAUUGACUUUGUGGAUUCCUGUCAGGUAGCCAUGAUUAGGAUCUGGAAUUACAAUAAAUCCCGAAUCCACUCCUUCAGAGGUGUGAAAGACAUCAUCAUGGUGCUGGAUGAGCAGUGCAUCUUUAAAGGAGAGAUUGCCAAAGCCUCAGGAACCUUGUCUGGAGCUCCAGAGCACUUUGGGGAUACCAUAUUGUUCACUACUGAUGAUGAUAUUCUUGAAGCCAUUUACUACUAUGAUGAGACCUAUGAUGGAGAAAUGGGAGAUUCCAGCUCCCUGAGAUACGAGGAAGAGCUGAAGAGGCCAACAACAGCAGACAGGGAGGGAGAUGAGAGACCUUUUACACAAGCAGGGUUGAGAACAGAGGAGCAACAGGCCAGCCUGGGUGGAGAGGCAGAGGGGAGAUUGAUAUACAAAAAGAAACAGGUUCAAGAGCCAGACCCUGUUUCUGAAUGCAUACCAAAGGAAACAGGAAUAUUUACUGGAAAAUGCCUGCAACUGAACUUCACCAUGACCUGGGGAGACUCUCAUUACCUGGGGCUCACAGGACUUGAAGUGAUAGGAAAGGAUGGUCAAGCAAUAAAAAUCAGUGCAGAACAGAUUUCUGCUUCACCCCAGGACUUAAAUGACCUUCCUGAGUGCACAGGAGAUUCCAGAACAUUAGAAAAGUUAAUAGAUGGCACUAAUAUCACAGUGGAGGAUGACCAUAUGUGGCUCAUUCCCUUCUCUUUUGGAGAAGAUCAUCUGCUCACAAUCCAUUUUGAUAAAACUGAGAGUAUUGCAGGGCUUCGCUUUUGGAACUAUAAUAAAUCUCCAGAGGAUACCUACAGAGGGGCUAAGGUGGUCCAUGUGGUGCUGGAUGGGCACAGCAUCUCCCCCCUGGAGGGCUUCCUUAUCCGCAAGGGACCAGGCAACUGCCACUUUGACUUUGCUCAAGAAAUUCUCUUUCUGGACUACCUACAGCCCCAGCCAGCUCCUAAAGUACACAGGAGGAAUGCUUCAAGGACACUGGAACAAGCCAGUAUGGACUAUGAAGCACCAUUAAUGCCCUGUGGUUUUAUUUUCCAGUUCCAGCUCCUGACGAGUUGGGGUGAUCCCUACUACAUUGGUUUGAAUGGGCUGGAGCUGUUCAAUGAGCACGGAGAGCAAAUCCUACUGACUGAGAACAGUACAGCUCUACAGUGCAAAACAGUGCCAGAUAUUGCUGCUUUUCCAGAUAGUGUCAACAUUUUAGAUGAUGUAUCUGGAGACAUCCGGACUCCAGACAAGCUGAUUGACAGAGUGAAUGACACCACUGAUGGCAGGCACAUGUGGCUGGCACCAGUUCUUCCUGGUUUGGUGAAUAGGGUAUAUGUCAUUUUUGAUGUACCUACCACUGUGUCAAUGAUCAAGUUAUGGAAUUAUGCCAAGACACCUCAGAGAGGUGUGAAGGAGUUUGGUCUCCUGGUGGAUGAUUUGCUGGUGUACAAUGGGAUUCUGGACAUGGUGAGCCAUGUGGUGUCUGGCAUCCUCCCCACGUGUGACCCCGUGGUGCCCUACCACACCAUCCUGUUCACGGAUGACGAGAGGAUUUGCCACCAGGAGAGGAGAACUGUUAUCAGCAAUCAUGUGGGGGAUCAGGAUGUACGAAUGCUGAAUGAAAAUGAGAUUGUCACCAGCAGCAAAAAGAAACAAGCUGUGGCUGAUCCGGCUCUGCGCCCCAAAACCUGCAUCAAUGAGAAAGGACAGCAGAGGAGGAAAAGAUAACAAGGAAAAUCCUGAAUGCAUCCAGCCCCAAGGAACUGCACUCCAGAUCUCCAAAAUAUGCAUAUCCAAAUGGAAGAUUUUCUAUGUCUGCUGCUGCUGAACCACCUCCUCUUGUGAGAGGCAGUUUUAUUUGCUACAGGAAUUUUUUUUCAGAAUGAAAUCUGAAGCAUGAA